CUCUACAAAGUACCUCUGCCCCUGCCUUUGGCUCUGCCCGCUCCCCACUCCGGCUUGGCUGGUUCUCGCGCCGUUCCUGCCCUUUGGACCGUGACUCUAAAUCUGAGUCUGAAUCUUGGGCGAACCUGCUUGCCUAUUUUUUUUCUUUCUUACUGACUCGGAGCUCGCUUCUCUUCGCCCCGGAACGGUGCCUCUGGCCAACUGCAGAGACCUGCCCUGGUUUGAGACAGAGCAUCCUUCAGUACUCCGUACUGUGCUCUGUGCAGCGCUGGACGACCCGGUGCAGCAAACAAACCUACUACUAACCUAAGUAAGGGCCCGAGGCAAGUCGGCCGCCCUUGUACCUACCAGCCUCCGUCCCCCAUCAUCGUCCCGCUGCCGCGCGACAACCGCCCAGCGCACAAGGAACCCCUCGGCGUGCCGGUCAAGCAGUGAGCACCGCGGCCAUCAAAGCGCUGGGCCUCGUCUGUCCUUGGGUUUGCCUGCCUGGGUGUGGGCCGCAAACGACAAAAGCUUGUCCUGACCAACAGCCUCCUCCCGCUGCGCCAAACUCCCACCCCAGCCGCCACACACCCCUCCCCCCCGGUCCAUGGCACCCCCCUUCUCGGCUUCGCGGCGCCGACUUAUCCAUUCACUCAUUGCACAUCCGUGCCCUUGGCUCGUCACGCUCUCGGCCAUCCCCAACUUCGACGAUCUCCCUUUCUUCUUCUCGAAAACUCCUCUCCCGAUCUCGUUCUCGGCAACUUUAUCUGUCAACAGCCGACGACACGUACGACCUCACUCCCUCUAGCACUCGGAAGCAGCAGUGAAGAGUAGCCCCGGCGACUCUGCAGACGCAACACCGCAACGGUUCUCAACGCUCUCGCGAAACGCCUCAACAGCCACUGUGUCGCGAGCGAGCGAGUCUCUCGACUUUACCAGUUCAAUUGUCCCUUUGGCACUCUUACGAAGUUUUCGGCUGCCUCAACCGGGAAGAGGAAGCGGCCUCACUCCCGUGAUUUGAUCUGAGCUCGAGUUAUCAUCGAGCCCAGACUUGAAUGACCCGGCUCGACUUCACUCACGCCGGACAAGGCUGAAGCUGUCCUGCGAAAGCAGGCGCCAACGUUCAUCACGGAUCUAAUCAGCGCCGACAAAAUGGAGACGUACCACGGUUACGUGCGGACGCCGGGCGACGCCAUCAAGCUCUUUGAGGCGUGUCGUCUUGGUCUGUUGCCCCGAGUCCAACGACGUCUAUCGGAGAAGGAAAGACAGUCAAUCCGCUCGGGCUCCGUCUUUGUGUGGGACGAGCGGGAGGCUGGGAUGCGGCGGUGGACGGACGGGAAAUCGUGGAGCGCCAGCCGCGUGUCGGGCAGCUUCCUGACAUACAGAGAGAUGGAGGGCAAACGCGGAGGCGGAUUUGGCAGCGGCAGACGAGGCGCGGGCAAGACCCCAGACUCUGGCCGCGGUAGCGACGAGGACCACGACGAUGGCGAACCUGAGGGGUACCGCUACAAGGCCGACGGUCUCAUGAAGCAGUCUUUCAGCAUCACCACGUCGACGGGCCAGCACCUUCACCUCAUCUCCUACUAUUCUCGACCGCAACCCGGCCAGCCUGACCCGCCCCAACCUAGUUCCGACCCGUCUCUUCGCGGUAUCGUACCUCCAAAGGGCAUGUACCCUGAGUCUAGCAUGGGAGAGACGAACCAAACACCUGCCCUUACGAGGGCUCCGAUGCAGCAGCCGUAUAUGAUCGCGCCACACCACCAUGCCCCUCACCCGCAUCACCAACAGCCUUACGCACCGCACUACGUCCAGCCAGGCUAUGGAUGGCCGCCGUCGCCCGCCGCGACGCCUCCUUACGGACAUUACGCGCCUGCACCGUAUCCACCACAUGUCCACCCUCUGCCGCCACCUCACGCAUCGCAUCAGCCUCCGCCGCCGCCGCCUCCCUACUCCAAUGGCCAUUACACGCACGCUGCUCCGUGUGACCGCUCGCUGCCUCCGUUGCAGAAUUCGAAGCCUGCUCUUCCGCCGUAUCAAGGUCACCAUUCUUCCCAUGGGCCGUCACCACCCAUACUGUACGACUCACCGCGGCAGAAGGACUUGCAGGCAGCGGCACAAGCAGCCGUCAGUGACCAGCACCUCAACAAUGCUCCUGCGAGGGGAUAUGGGCCGCUUCCCGCGCUCAACGCUGUCACUAAUGGUGCCCCCGCUGCCUCGCAUGCUGGUAUGGCUACACCUCCGACACGAAACCUGAGCGUGAGCCCGCCGCGGGCAAGUCAGGAUGGCGCAGUCAACGGCCAUAGGUCGAGCUUGUCGGCUUUACUACACCCAACACCGCCAAGCAGCGAGGCCGGCACCGUCAAGCCCCCCAGCAGUGGUAGCGCUAGCAGCAGCCCCCGACUGAAGAGCUUGGUUGCGGAAAAGGCUGGCGUAAGCGAGGACGCGCGGGCAUUGAGAAUGCUGGACCGCAAGUUUUGCAUCUGAGGUGCACGAGAGUGGGAAUUCUUUUUGGCGUUUCUUAGUCGAUACAUGACUGGGAGUCGGUGCAUUAGCGGCAUGUUGCCAUUUGGUUUCCACAUGGGUCUGGCGAACGGGUACUGGCAUGGGAGAAUCCAUGGACGAAUGCGCUGAUUUCGGCAUGCUUGUUGCAACCGGGCACCGUGCAGCACUUCCCCGGCAUAUAGAGCCGAGAAUGAUGAAUUAGAUGAAUUUGCCGAGGCCUCGCCAGGUCAUACUUUGCGCCGUGAGCCCGUCAUGGGCAUAACAUCAAGGGGCUACGUAUUUCUGUUUGAAGGAGCACCUCUAAACGCAAAGGUGGACCAACCACCAUUUCUCUCUGCCAAGGCGGCAGUCGCCGUGUGACUGCCAGAUGCAUCAACCAGUGUGCAGCUUUGUAGAUUGCCAAGUCCAUGACGGACCAGGAGUUGAUCAGGGCAAUACGAGGUCACGGCAGGGACGCGGGGCAGAUGGGCGAUUGUUGCGUGGCAGAUUGUAGAAAAGGAGCUUUGCUGGGGCUCGGUCAAACGGCGCUGGGCGCAUUGGGGUGACCGUAGGAAAGCCGCGUCAUUGUGGGCGUCGCCCGGCUUCGAGAGGUGGUGGACCAGAUGAAGCCCGGUUCGCGGUUUCUGUAC